CCGCAAGCCCCCAAGAAAAGUACCACCAUCAGCCAACAUAUUGCCCCACAUCCCUCACAUAUCUCAGUAUAGCGACAAGAAAGAGGUGCGUUUGCACCGAGAGCGAGGUCAAGAUGCCGCGGUCGAAGGCGAAAAUCCGGGGGAAAAAGUCCAAUACAAUGGUUUCCUGCUCCCCAGCCCAUCGCAAAAGCCACCUCACUUUGCAACAAGAAGCACGCAAUACAGAGGGUCGCAGCUCACAGAGGGUAGACAUAUCUCUGCGUCAUCAUGCAGUACAAUUUAUCAGCGCAGGAAGCACACAUUUAGAACAAGAACAGGAGUUACAGUCCCCAGAGUCUCCCGACAGAUACCAGGAACCCCAAGCAGAAGACUUAUCUGAUGCGGCUGCAAGAUCAAACUCAUCACCUGAGGCUGACCAUGACGUAUGCCGCUCGACGCUGCCUACCGAAGGCAUCUCAUCCACAGGCACCCGGGAUACAGCCAUCAGACCCAAUUCAGCACAGGCGGAGGAUACUAGCGAGGAUGAGGUGGUAUUCCCAGGGCGUAGAAGCCAGCCGGUUGAGUACAGACCUGACAAAAAAAUGACAACACCAGCCACCACGAAUACUUCGACCGCUACCGAAAGAACCGUCCCUGGCACUCUGCGAGACUCCCCCGAUUCAAACCUCAGAAAUGUUUCGUCGAGAGAUUCUAACAUGACAUUGCCACAAGUCUGGUCGGUCGAACAGGCGUUGAGCGAAUGCGCAGAUUACAUCGACCUCGGGGACCAAAGGUCAAAGAAGAAGAAGAAGAAGAAGCAGCAGAAGAAAGACCAGAAAGAAUACCUGGCAGAGGAAGAGGCAAUUCUUCAUGACUACAUAGCCAAUAUGGAUGAAGAGUACCUGGCAUUGAACGGCGAAUGCAACAAGGAAACAGGCUCGGAAGCGUCCGCCGCGGCGCAGACGUGUCGUUCUCCACAUUCCAGCAUUGGGAGUCCCGGACCUGCAGACGGGGAAGCACCAUCACCCGAAGACCCCCCCCGCCAGUCAUUGUCUAAAAGUCGCGUUGACCGUGUAGAAUGUGAUGAAUUGGACACCACGCAAAGUCAGUCGAUAAUGCAAUAUUUGGACGCACUUGAUCGGAAAAGCAUCCAACUGAGCGACACUGAUACCGACAAUCCUGACGAGGAUCGACCGGAAAACGUGGCACUGUCCGACGCAUAUUCUAAUCCUGACAGUGCUGAUAGUAUUGAGUGGGAAAUAAGCGGUCAUCCCACGCACUUGCAGCGAAAACAUGAAGAAGAAAGUAUUUUUGCAUCGGCGACUGCCUUUGCUGACGCGUUAGAUCUCGAUCCUUACUAUGGCUUCGACAUCAUGGAUUUCAAUCGACCAAGUCUGACUAAGAAAAACAAAGGAAAAGCUGCCGCAUGCAAUGUCAAUUUAUCCGACAGUGACCUCGAAGCAGAACUUCUGAAUGCGUGGGAAACCGACCGAGCCAAAAAAAAAUCGAGGAAGCAACAAAGAGAGCAACUUCGCUCGCAAGGUUUACUUGGUCGACGAAAUGGUGAGCCAGAUCUUAAAAUCAAGUAUGCGAAGGGAAUGAACAUCGACGAAUUAAAGACGGAAGUACGACUCUUCUUGUUGUCAACAAAAGAAAGCUUGGUCCUCCCUCCCAUGGGAAAGCAACAACGAAAGCUAGUGCAUGAACUAGCAAACACACUAAGUCUAAAUUCCCAGUCCCGAGGCAAGGGAUCAAACCGGUUCCCAGUAAUGCAUAAAACAUCGCGGACCCCGGGUUUCAACCAGCGGACCUUACCUCAACUGGAAAGAAUGCUGUCCAAGGGUAAGUUCAGCCAGCGAGGAGGUAAACACCGGGACCACAAAGCAGUAAGACCGGUCAAAUCUCAGCGCGGACGCCCUGACGCAUCGGCGUCAUACAUGGAUGGUGAAGUUGUUGGUGCUUCUGCGCCGGAAAUCGGCGCUGGAAACAAGGGAAGAGCUAUGCUUGAGAAGAUGGGUUGGAGCAUUGGAACCCCGUUGGGGGCCAUCAACAACAAGGGCAUCCUACAGCCGGUUGCGCAUGUUGUCAAAAAUUCCAGGACCGGCCUUGGCUAGAUCAACCUGUACGAAGCACGCUCACGACAAUGUUGGCUCAUUAGGUAGAUCGUGAAUCACUACAUAGAAGUCCCAUGUUUGAUGAUUCAUGACGUUUUCAGCUAUGCUGCUGGUCACCGAGACGAACAGACAAGAAAGUUGGACAAAUAAUUAAAGCAUGUGAUAUAGUAUGAGAGAUGAUCAAACAGUGUUGCUUCGUGCCUUAUCUUUUGAAUGAAGCAGCUUGCACCUGAGGCCGAGCG